CAAAAACUUUCGUCAGCCACACCUCCGCCUCCAUAACCCUAAGAGAAACCCCGUCGCGGUCAUGGCGGCUGUCGCCCAGCGGAGGGCCUCCCAUCUCCUCUCCCGAAUCCUUCCGCGGUCGCCGCUCUCUCGCGACCGCGGUCCCCUUGCUCGCCUCACCGCCGCCGCCAUCGAUGUUGCCCACCCGGCUGCCCCCGCGCUGCCGUGGCUCUUCGUCGCCCGUCACAAGGCGACUUCCGGCUCCGGAUACUCCCCGCUCAACGACCCGUCCCCGAACUGGAGCAACCGCCCGCCAAAGGAGACCAUCCUCCUCGACGGCUGCGACUACGAGCAAUGGCUCAUCGUCAUGGAGUUCCCGGAGGACCCUAAGCCGUCCGAAGACGAGAUGAUCGGAGCAUACGUCAAGACUCUCGCGGCCGUCGUCGGUUCUGAGGAGGAAGCAAAGAUGAGAAUCUACUCUGUUUCCACCACAACCUAUACCGGAUUUGGGGCUUUGAUCUCCGAGGAGCUCUCUUACAAAGGAUUGCCUGGAGUGCUGUGGGUACUGCCUGAUUCUUAUUUAUUUGUGCCCAACAAGGACUAUGGAGGGGAUCUAUUUGUCGAUGGCAAGGUCAUACAUAGACCCCAAUUUAGAUUCACUGACCAGAACCAGGCCGAGACCACGGUACGAUAGACGAUGAGAAACAAUGCAAGUCGAAAGAAGGGAACCAAUGAUGAGAGGCACUUCGGGGAAGAAUCAGGGUCAGUCCGUCCUUCAUCAGCUGUCUGAAAAUCCACAAGGAUGCAGCAGUGGCAAGCCAGAAUAAUAGAAUGGUCCACCAAGAAAAGGUCAUAGAGAGCAUGAUUGUAUGGCGCUUCUUGGGAGCUUGAGAGCGAUGAGGGUUUGCAUUCAAAUUGAGAUAUUGGAAAAUGUACAUACUUGUCAUGGAAAGAGAGGCUUAUGUUCAAGUUAAGAAGUCUAUAAGAUUGGAAUCAAGGUUUGGAAAAUCAGUAUCGCGGGUUUCUUGUCUUCGAGGACUUGUGUAUGACUAUCCUCCGAGCUCCCUCUUUUGAAGUGGAACUUUGAUGACACAUUUUGGCAGAACAGAACCAUAUUUCAAGCUUGCGGCCGCUGGGUUGUUGUAUUUCUAAUUUGUUUUUCUUUUGCAUCAAUUUAGCUUUUUUAUAAAUUAUGUUUUUUCUCUAAUAGAAAAUGUAGGAUUUUGUUGCUUCUCUAAAUUCUGGAAUCAUUCAGCAUCUAAAAUCUAGGCGAGAGAACUUCAUCUGGCGCUUGAUUCAAGAAUCUAAGGUCCUAUUUAUUCUGUAGUUCUUUUUUUAAUCUCUGAGUUGUUGUCCAAUUGUGUUUUUUACGUCCUUCACUGAAAAAAAGUUUAUUCUUUAUUGCAAUUUUGGUGUGUGGAAUUA